AUGACUGGAACGUACCAAAGGAAAGCAGCUGUGGCGGUGAAAGACUUCUGUCCGGGGCUGUCCCGGCAUCUCUUGUCUCUUUGUCCUGCUCCAAAAAAAGUAACAAGUGAAAGAAAGGGAAUAUGCCCAUUCUGCUUCCAGAUUUUUACACCUGAUAAUCAUAAAGUUCGCCUGAGGCCAAAAAUGAAGAUAACUCCCCGCAUUGAAAUCUUAUUAAAGAAAGAAGCAAAAUGUCACAGAUUAAACCUCAAGCAAACAAAACUCCUUAGAAAAUACAAAUGUUCGAGGAGCGUCCUGGUGGUCACUUGCAACACAUGUAAAUUGGUUUCCAAAUAUCCUGGUGAAAGCAGAAGUGGUCUUGCUAAUGGUCCAGGUACACCUAAAACAAAGAGGAAUUUGGGGUCUCCUGACCUGAGGACACCUGGAUCGAAUAAGAAGGUGAACCUCUCUUACAGCGAAGAGAAGCUCAGCUCAAAAAGCAAAAGCCCAGUACUAACCCCCAGGUCAUGUGUUUCUGCUCAUUCUUCACCUGCCACAAUAGCGAAGUCUGCAAAGAAGGGAAAAUUUCAGUUUUCCAGAUUAAAAAUGCUUCUUAGCCAAGAUGAAAAGGAACCAAGUAAAAAGGGGGAUUUACAGAAUUUCCUAACCUCUCUUUCUUGA